AUGGGUUUGCUCUGGGACAUUGUCGAUCGCGCCCUUUGCAUCGCCGUGACGACUACAGCACUAUGGACUGGGCAUGUUGGGAUAUGUCAGGGGGAGCCGACGGUUCGUCUGGAUCAGGGUCUCGUGCGCGGAUUCGAGGAUAACGGCACGUAUGUCUUCUUGGGUGUUCCGUUUGCUGAGACGACUGGAGGGGAGAAUCGGUGGAAGGCGCCGCAGGGGGUGUCAACUUCGGUGACGAAGGAGAUUGAUGCGACGCGGUAUGGGCCGAGUUGUGCGCAGGCUAUGUCCGGGAAUGCUAUUGUUGCGCAGAGCGAGGACUGCUUGAAUCUUAACGUAUGGACGCCAACCAGCGGCACCGACCUGCCCGUUUUCGUCUACAUCUACGGCGGUGCGAUGGUUACCGGCGGAAACAGCAAUGCGCAAUGGCAGGGGUACAACUUUGCGCGGAAGGAUGUUAUUUAUGUGAACAUCAACUAUCGCGAGUCGAUUUUUGCGUCGCCGGCUGCGCCCGAAUUGGAGGGGUCAUCCGAGUCGCAGAAUUUCGGUAUCCUGGAUGUUGAAUUGGCUCUGGAUUGGGUUAUAGAUAAUAUCCACGCAUUCGGCGGUGAUAAGAGUCGGAUUGUGAUUGCCGGUCAUUCUUCGGGUGGUGUUCAUGUCGACCACUACCUCUGGAAUCACCCCGACACCACCAUCGCGGGUGCGAUGGAAUUGUCGGCGAAUGUCAAAUCCGGCCCUGCGUACGCUCCCUACGGCGUGGCUCUGUCCCAGGUCGCAGAGGAUGUCCAGGCCAGCGGCGUGACCCUGGACUGCGACGCCAGGAACCCGACCCUCGACUGUCUGCGAAAGGUAGACACAUAUGCCCUACAGACAAGCAACUUCAACUCCACCACAAACACCUGGUUCUCCCCGGUCGUGGACAACAUUACCAGGUACUCCGACUACGAAGGGCGCUACGCGCAGGGCAAAUUCCCAACGUCGGUGCCGCUGCUAGUCGGAAAUUCUGACAGAGAAGGUGCACUCUUCGCUAACGUGUAUUCUUUCGAGAACACGAAUUUCAGCUACUGGAUCAACACCUUCGACGCGGAUCUCGCGUACGUCCCUGACGAUGUGCUCGUGAAUGCUUACAACGAAACGGAUUACGGCUCCGUCUCGGCCAUGAGCGGUGCGUCCUACGGCGACGCGCGCUUCUUCUGUCCUACAGACUACAUGAUUAACCUGCGCGCAUCGUCCCAACCAGUCUGGGUAUACCGCUGGUUCGGACAAUACGAAAAUGUCCUAGGCACUGGCCUUGCGGCCUCUCACGGUAGCGAAGUCCCCUUCUUCCACGGCGGAAACGAGUGUUUCUCAAAACUCUCCGACGUAACGGACGCCGAACAGGCGCUCGCGGACAACAUGAAUGAUUGGCUCGUGGCGUGGGUCAAGAAUCCCAGCGCUGGGCCCGGGUGGGACCGUGCCACGCCGGAGAAUGGGCCGUUGGCUAAGAUUGGGGUUCCUGGGAAUGAGCUGGAGAUCGAGAUGGGCUUGACUGGGGAGUUUAACUCUCGGUGCCAGAGUGUGUAUAAGGAGUACAUUCCUGGAUAUCCGGUUGUGCAGAGUCCGGAGUAG